AUGGGAACCAAUGAGGAUGGAAAAGAACUGGCAGCAAUGGCUUUGAACCGAGCCUACUGCUGCAACUAUGGCGAAGGCGUCGCCGCCUGCGCGCUGCGCUGUUGCGACAGUGUCUUCGUGGGCGCCUCCGUGGCCUUGGAGAUGGGCCCGUUGCAGCCAGGAUCCUUGUCCCCUGUGACAGUGGCCCUGGUGUCCAUGGCAGCAAACGGGAAAAACCCUGAGGAGAUCGAGCAAGUGGACUGGGUCCCCGGACCCGUUGCACAGGAAAUGGCCGUGGUGGCGACCCUGGGCAAUUUGCGCACACCAUAA